AUGUACUCUUCUCCUCCCCCUUCAUCCCCCUUUGCAUUCUCACCUCCUGGAUCCUCGACGAGAAAACGAGCGGCUGAAACCGAGCCACUUGAACCGCAUAAUGACAAGAAGCGGAGGCCAAAUUUAGCCAAUGGAUUCUCUGGUUUAUCCAUCUCUCCGCGUUUGAAUCGAUCCGUAUCGCCCAUACCGAGCUAUGAAGAGUCUGAAGCGACCAAACAUGAGGUGGACGAAGACGAUGGGAGGAAUCUGAAGCCAGUGGGAUUCGACUAUGAAGAUGAUAAGAGGGAUGUUCGGGUAGAAGAAUUGCCUGAACGAUCCACCUCUGAAUGGACCAGAGACUCUACGACGUCGUCUUCGACCUCGUCCCGGGAAGCAGAUGAUUCCGAUACGACCUUUCGACCUAUUCAACGGACUAAACGUCGUUAUGCUAGAGUCGCUCAGCAAGCGGACUCGGUAGAGCAACCAGAUGACGCAGUUGAUCCUACUGGACAAGACUUACACGUGGUGGACAUGGAUCCAUCCCAGGAUAUGGGUAGUGCCCGAAGGAAAAGGAGGAGAAAGCACAGAGACGGGGUUAUGGAUAUGGAUAGUGAUGAUGAACCGCCACCGUCGAGGUCACGACGGAAAACAAAAUGGCAUGAACCGGAAAAAGAUCGUAUCAUCAUCACGUCUCUUGGUUCUUCGGACUCGGAGGUAUCUCCUGAAUCAACUCCCUCCCCCGAGACCAGGCGUAGGUACCUAUCACAGCCUGGCGCCCAGGGUUUCACCCUUUCUCCAUCCCUUCUCACCCAUCUCUUGAACUCAUCUCAAUCCUUACCUCGACCUCCUGCUGAGAAAGGUUUGGUUCUCUAUCGAUCUAUGCCCAUCCCGUCAGAUCAAAUUGUCAACGAAUGGCACGGCCACCCGAACAUUGGACACGAAAAUGAUUCAUUGAGGUUUGAAGAGAUCGACGAUGAUGAGAUCGCAGAGACGGGAGAUGUUACCAUGGAAGGGAGCAAUGGUGGUGGUGGUGGUAAUGCUGGCAUUGGCAGUGGCAGUACAGUCACUGAGGCGGCAGACGAAGCUAUGGAAAUAGAAUAG